AUGCCGCUGGAUCACCAAAUCCGUACCCACGUCCGAAACCGGACCCGCACUCGCCGUCGCUCCGCCUGUCAUCGCCAUCCUAAUGAACCUGUCACCAAUUUCUGCGCAUUGUGUCUACGAGAUCGCCUCGCCGGUCUAGACUCUUCUACCGAUCAACUCGAACUUGAACUUGAACGUGAAACUAUUAUCUCCUUCCCCUUAAGUCGCCGGACCAGAGGCCAUGCCGGUGCUUCAUCGUCAGGAGCUGUACCUGAACUGCGACGGAGCAAGUCUGUAGCGGCUGAGAAAUGUGAGGUUUUGAAUGGAUCGAGUCUGGAUCUGCGGCGGAAGUCGUGUGAUGUAAGGGCUUGUAACAGGCUAUCGGAUCUGUUCGACAUUGAUGAUACGAAGAUCGGACGGAAUGGACCUGUGAGGGUUCAAUCAAAGAAUAUAGGGUUUUCCGGCAUUCCAGAGCAGCUGUUGGAGAUAGACGAAGAUAAUGGUGGUUCAAGUGGAGUUAGGAUUUCUGAUGAUUUGUUUGUGCGGGAUGAGAUCGGAGAGGAAAAUGAUUUGAGAACGAUGAAGGAACAUAUCGAAAUAGAAUUGCAGAACAAAAAGAGGAAUAUCUGGGAUGCAGCGUCGGGUUUCAGUCAGAAGCUACGGAAAUGGAGGCAAAAGCAUGAGGAGAAGAAGCAAAUCGAGGUCUGCAAUGCCGGAGCUGAUAAUAACAGAUCAAAUUUGGAGCAAUCUAAGGAUCCUCAAAUCCAAUCUGAGCUUCCAAGCUAUGUACUGGGAAGAAGAUCUUGUGAUACAGAACCUAGAUUCUCCAUUGAUGUACAUCGUAUGUCUGUUGAAGAUCCACGAUUUUCAUACGAAGAACAUAGGGCUUCUUGGGAUGGAUACAUGAUUGCAAGAACAAUCCCUCGGCUUACACCUAUGCUCCCCAUUGUUGAUGAUCUCAUGUUGCCUCCUGUAAACACCAGAAUCACGGUGAGUAAUCAACAAGUUCAACGGAUCAAGGAAGAGGGUUCAAGUUCUGGCACAUCAGCUCAGUUUAAUUCCGAUACUUGUUCUUCAAAUACAGAAAGUAGUUCAAGCUCAAUGAAGAGUUCUAGUUCCAAAACAACAAGAUUCCGUGGUGAUGAUAUGAAAUCUGCUUCAAAUGGUCAAGAAACAAAGUUGGUGAUAACCGAGAGAGAAUUAAAAGAUUGGCAUUUGAGUUCUAUCCAUGCUUCAAAUGGAUCCAUUUCUGCUUCUACUACAGUUAAGAACGGGCAGAAAAAGGAAAUGGGUAAUAGAUGGAGAAAGAUGUCUAAUCUAUGGAGCUAUAAGUACAAACCCGGUGACAAAAGUAACAAAGAUUCCAUCAAUGGAGUUUUUUUGAAUCAAAACAAUGACAUCAAUGGAGUUGAAAAAGGGGAUUCAAAUUCAAGUGGUAAGCUUGUGAGAAACAGUAGCUAUGUGGGUUCAAGAAACAAAAGUGAAUUACAUCACAUUGGUGAAGAAGGUGGUAGGCAUUCUAUGAGUGAUCUUGACAGCAGUUUGCUAAAGCUGCAUCUGCCACCAUUUGUGAAGUCCAGGAAGAAACUGCUUCCACCAAUGGCGAAUAUUUAG